AUGAUGGAAAAUACAAACAAUCAACAACCAAUUGAUAAGGAUUAUUACAAGAGACAAAUUGGAUUGAUUGAAAUUACUCAAGGUGCAUACAAGGCACGUUGUCUUCAUUUGGUCACCAAACUCAAUGUUGCUUCUUUGUUGGCUGAUGAAAAACCUCAUUCAGUCGAUGAAUUGGCCAAACAGUUGGGAGGAGUAGAUGCUACCACCUUGCACAAGAUUAUGCGUGGUCUAUCUACCAUUGGUGUAUUCAAGCACCAUGAUCAAGAGGAAGGUGUCUCUUCAAGAAUAUUCUCUCAAUCGGAUCUUUCAAGAAUGUUGAAUGACAAGUUUACAAGGGAUGCCAUCUUAUUCAAAGGUGGUGAUGGUGUCUACAAUGGUUUGAAUGAUAUUGGAGAAACUCUAAAAACUGGCAAAGCAAGUGUCGCUCUUCACUCUGCCGGAAAAGGAUAUUCCAACUUUUGGGAAUAUAUUUGGGAUAAUCCAACCGAACUUGGUCUCUUUGAAAGAGGUAUGACUGGUUUAACUUCACCAUUGUUACCUUAUUUCCUUGACAUGUCUGACUUUUCAAAGUUUAAAGUUGUUGUUGAUUUGGGUGGUUCUCAAGGAGUAAUGAUUCAAGAAAUUUUAAAACAAAACAAACAUCUUGAAAAAGGAAUAAAUUUUGAUGUUCAAGAAACUAUUGAUAACAACAAAAAGUUGGAUCGUUCAAAGGUGGACCCAAGAUUUAGUGAAGUGGUAGGAUCAUUUUUUGAAAGUGUUCCAGUUGCCGAUUGUUACACUAUGAGUAAGAUCAUUCACGAUUGGGAUGCCAAAGAAGCAAAAGGCAUUCUAGAAACAAUUGGUAAAUCAAUUAAACCAAAUGGAAAGGUAUUCAUCUAUGACUUGAUCCUCGAAAAGGAUAGAGACUAUUACUCUUAUAGAACUUGGAAGGAUGUUGACUUGUGGCAUUCUGUCAACGGUAGACAACGUUGUGAAAAGGAAUAUACUGAUUUGGCUGCAUCUGCAGGUUUCAAGAUCGAUGCUUUUGUCAAAGAUUAUAUGGUCAUCAUGUCAAAGAUUGUAAACUAG